GGAUGGAUGGAUGGAUGGAUGGAUGGAUGUUGGGUUUCAUGUCUCGACCUCCCGUUUUCCCUACUUUUUCCUAAUAACCAACCAACCUUACAAUUUUGCAGGUGACCAAACAACAAAACAAAUAUCCAUUUCACCAUUCACCCUGUAUCCCAAAUCCUCAUUUGCCAAGUGACCGAAACCCCGCCUUCAUAUAUUAAACAUUCAUACAGCCAUAAUUCAAUUCCCUAAGAUGGGGGAUGGAUGAAUCAUGGUGAUUAAAAGGGCCCUGAUUAAAUACCUACCGACCUCCUACGCCUCAAGUCCCUUUCUCUUCUUCGACUUUUGUUUCUCGUACACCUUGUUUGUGAGUAGAACAAAUAUACACGUAUUUCAUCAUGCAUUUCAAUCCGGGAAACGUCUUCGUUCACGGUACCAUUACCGCCAAUCUAUUUGUUUCCUCGUAUGUGGGAACCAUUAGUACUUUACAACUUUCGAAAUUUUCAAAUGGGACGUAUUCCCUCGAUGCUUUGUCGGUCAAUAAUGUCACGACGGACAAUCCAUCUUGGUUACACAAGGAUCCUCAUAAUGGAAUCUUGUAUUGUUUGAAUGAGGGUUUAAGCGUCGUCAACGGGAGUAUCUCGAGUUUCGCAGUCGCAGAUGAUGGCACUCUGAGUUUGUUGGGAAAUGAAUUAACCAUCAAUGGACCUGUCAAUUCUGUUCUUUUCAACCGAGGAAAAUCCUUGGCUGCUGCCCAUUAGUAAGUUUUGCACCCAGAUAGAUACCUAUCCAAAGUAUAUCUGAAUGCAUCAUCCUAACCAAGCCACAGUUCCGGAUCUUCACUUACAACACAUAAUAUUCAAGCAGAUGGAACACUAGCGCCACUCCAAACCAUAACCUUCAGCAUGCCUGGCCCCGGCCCCGAUCCAUUGAAACGACAAUUAGCGCCUCACCCCCACGAAGCCCUCCUCGACCCAACAAAGAACUUCAUCGUCGUCCCAGAUCUAGGCGCCGAUCUCGUGCGCGUCUUCUCCAUCGACCCCAAGACAGCUCUCCUCACAGCAAAAACCCCCUACACAGCACCGCCAGCAUCUGGUCCCCGUCACGGUGCCUUCCACGUGACUGACUGCAAUCAAACAUUCUUCUAUCUCGUGUCCGAACUGGGAAAUACGGUUACGAGUUUUGCUGUUUCUUAUGAGAAUAUCACUGCGGGUAUGACUUUUACCAAGAUUGACACUCAUGGUAUUUUUGGAAAUCAAACCACUCCCGAGGGUGCUGCGGCUGCUGAAUGUCUUAUCAGCGUAAGUCUCCUCAACUUCUAACUAACCAUGAGAAAUAAAUCUCAUAUCCCAUAAAUUAAACACAAACUAACAAGCGCCCAGCCCGACGGCCGUCACAUCCUCACCAGCGCCCGCAACGCCACUCUCCUCUCUAUACCCCAACCACCCGUGCACCCACUAAACAACACCGCUCUCCCCUCUGACACCCUCCAAACCUGGACCAUCAACUCCGCCCCCAACUCCGACAAAUCAACCCUCGGCUCCCUCUCUUUCUCGCAACUCUUCCCCGCAGGUGGCUUCUUCCCGCGUCAAAUGUCCAUGAACAAAGCAGGAACUCUCGUCGCCGUAGCUCUUCAACGUAGUGCUCGAGUAGUUAUCGUAACUCGAGAUACGAAGACGGGAUUAUUUGGGGAGUUUGUGGCGGAUAUUCAGGUGGGUGCUUUUGAAGAUGCGUCGAGUGUGGAGGGUCAGGUCACGAGCGUGAUUUGGGAUGAGUAGGAUAGUUUGUUGUAGGUUUUGGUGGAGUGAGUGUGUGCAGUGUAGUGUAGGUAUAUAGUUGUUAGUGCGGAAGGCUUAGUUAGGGAUGUGGGGUUGGUGGGCGGGGUAUAAGUACCUAGCUAGGUAGGGGGAGUUGAUGUUCAUGCGGGUUUUGAAUGAUCAAUACUCUGUACAGUGUUUUGGUGGGGCGGGCGGGUUGUAAAGUAGUGCAGGACUUUAUUUCCUUUCUUUUCUUUUCUUUUCAUGGUUUGAUAUCAUAUCCUCUCAUAUCCUCUCAUGUCAUCUCAUCUGACACAUACACAUAUUAUACAUACCGAAGAGAACGAUAAACACAUGAACUCACGAGCAAAGGAACGAACGAACGAACGAACGAACGAAAUGUAUAGAUAGAUCAGAUAGAUAGAUAGAUAGAUAGAUAGAUAGAGAAAGAGUCAUGAAAUUUUAUAAUCUUGUCAUUAAAUACAUGACAUGGAUCGAGCAUCGAGCAUCGAGCAACUC